GUGGCUCCACCUUCUAAAGAGUCGAAACUGGACAACCUGGAAACUUCAAAGGUACCGUUCAUUGGUUUUAUCCAACCUUUUUUAAAUUUGUGUGAAACAUUGUACCCAUAAACGGUUAAAAACGACGAUAUCGGCGAAUUCUACCGGACUCUGCUCUACAAUGGCAGCCAGCGAUUCUGCAGGCGAUGAUUCUUUGUAUCCCAUCGCAGUCUUAAUUGAUGAACUUAAAAAUGAAGAUGUACAGCUUCGCCUAAAUUCCAUAAAGAAGUUGUCCACCAUUGCUUUGGCUUUGGGAGUUGAAAGAACUAGAACGGAACUAAUUCCAUUUUUGACUGAAACAAUAUAUGAUGAAGAUGAAGUUUUAUUGGCUCUAGCAGAACAACUUGGCCAAUUUAUAACAUUGGUUGGUGGCCCGGAAUUUGCAUAUUGUGUUUUGCCACCUCUUGAGAGUUUAGCAACAGUCGAAGAAACAGUGGUUAGAGAUAAAGCUGUUGAAUCACUGAGAGCUGUAGCUCAACAGCACAGCCCAGCUGACCUAGAAAUUCAUUUUGUACCUUUAGUACAGAGGCUGGCUUCUGGUGAUUGGUUUACUUCAAGGACAUCCGCUUGUGGUCUUUUCUCGGUAUGCUAUCCAAGAGUGUCUGCUGCGGUGAAAGCUGACUUAAGAUCUCAUUUUAAAGCGCUGUGCCAAGAUGACACCCCAAUGGUACGUCGUGCAGCUGCAACCAAAUUGGGGGAACUGGCACAGGUUGUUGAGUUGGAAUAUCACAAAUCAGAUUUGAUUCCUAUGUUUGUUAAUUUGGCCCAAGACGAACAGGACUCUGUAAGGCUAUUAGCAGUUGAAGUAUGUGUUAAUAUUGCCAACCUUCUGCCACAAGAAGAUGUAGAACAACUUGUUAUGCCUACCCUAAGGCAAGCCACUGGUGAUUCGUCAUGGAGAGUCCGCUAUAUGGUGGCUGAUAAAUUUACAGAACUUCAAAAGGCUGUAGGUCCAGAAAUCACAAGAACAGACCUUGUUUCAGCAUUUCAGAGUCUUCUGAAAGAUACCGAGGCUGAGGUGCGUGCCGCGGCUGCCAAUAAAGUAAAAGAUUUCUGUCAGAAUUUGGAUAAAGCACACCAGGAAAACAUAAUCAUGACGAAUAUUUUACCCUGCGUCAAAGAAUUGGUUGCUGAUCCAAAUCAACAUGUAAAAUCAGCUUUAGCGUCUGUAAUAAUGGGACUUAGUCCCAUAUUGGGAAGACACAAUACAAUUGAACAUUUGUUGCCCCUGUUUUUGACACAGCUGAAAGAUGAUUGUCCAGAAGUCAGACUUAAUAUUAUUUCCAAUUUAGACUGUGUUAAUGAAGUGAUAGGCAUUCAACAAUUAUCCCAGUCACUUUUACCCGCUAUAGUUGAAUUGGCAGAAGAUUCUAAAUGGAGGGUGAGAUCGGCUAUUAUUGAAAAUAUGCCUCUAUUAGCUGGACAGCUGGGUAGGGAAUUUUUUGAUGAGAAGUUGAAUUCUUUAUGCAUGACUUGGUUAAUGGAUCAUGUUUUCGCAAUACGUGAAGCUGCAACCCUAAAUUUAAGAAAAUUAGUAGACCAGUUCGGGGCUGAAUGGGCAGAGACUACCAUAAUACCCAAGGUUCUGGCGAUGUCCCGAGAUCAGAAUUAUCUCUACAGAAUGACCUGCCUGUUCUGCAUAAACGUACUGGCUGAAGCUUGUGGCGGGGACAUAACAACUAGACUUCUGUUGCCAACUGUUUUGAGUAUGGCAAAUGACAAAGUGGCAAAUGUUCGAUUUAAUGUGGCCAAAACGCUACAGAAAAUAGCUCCCCAAUUGGACCAGGCUGUUAUGCAACCCCAAGUGAAACCGGUGCUGGACAAACUUAAUAUGGAUACAGAUGUUGAUGUGAAAUACUCCGCUUCAGAAGCUAUUCAAGGUAUUGCUGCUCUCGGUUGAAUACAUUAAUGGAGUUACAAGAAAAAACUUUUUAUUACCUAUAUUAUUAAUCUUGUAGAACUGUAAUUGUUAUGUCUCUAUCAGUUACAAAAACCAUAAAAUGUGUAAAAUGGAGUUUAGAAAUUAGCAUUAAUGAAAAAUCAUUUCCCUUUUUUACACUUAAGUUGCCUUUCGACUAUUUAUAUUUACCCUUUUGCCAUGUUAUGUUAAUUAAGGGAAUUUGUAUAUUACAUCUUUUACAAAAACUGUUACUCGAAUUUUUUCUUUUUUCAAUUUCUUUUGUACCAUCACAGUUUUUUAUAAGUUCAUUUCCACAGACCCCCAGCAUUUAUUUUUGGUUUUGUAUUGUUAAUGUACAUAGAUAAAAUGAGUGUAAUAUUUGGAUAAUACUAGCGUAAAUAAAUUUUAAUAUGUA